GUCUGUGUUGAAGGCGCCACGUCGGCAGAACCAGCAGGCUGAAAAAGAGACCUGCGUAGCUCUCUCUGUAACUCUGUGUGAGGAGAAGUUAGGAAGCAUCAGAUUGAUGCGAUAAAAGGACGUGAAACGCGAUACGAAGAGGUCGUUUUACAGCCCUGAGCAGAAGGUUUCUCACACUCAGAGACGCAGAAAUUCAUUAAUUUACAGCAGAGUUUGGUUACGAGGCUGAAACAGAAGCUGCUCGUGUCUCAAGUUUCUCUACCAGGUGUGUUUGUGGGAGAAGCAGUGGAAACAAUGGUGAAGAAUGUGAACAGCGUUAACCUGGAGCCCCAGCCUGGGACCACCGUGGCCUCGGACGAAGCUGAGCCCACCGACAGCCAGUCUACAGAUGAUCCUGGUAAGGACCACGAGGUUCCUGCCCCUGGCAUGAUGUGGCGGGUCACCGGCGGCCUUUUCAACGUCACCAAGGGAGUCGUGGGCGCCGCGGUGGGCGGGGUGGCCUGGGUGGGCGGCAAGAGCCUGGAGAUCACCAAGUCAGCUGUGACCACAGUGCCCUCGAUGGGGGUGGGGCUGGUGAAGGGUGGGGUGUCUGCCGUGGCCGGCGGCGUCUCCACAGUGGGCUCGACAGUAGCAAGCAAAGUCCCGUUCACGGCCAAGAGGAAGGACAAGGCCGAGUGAAGACGAGGAGGAAGAUGGUGAAGACGAUGAUUGAUUAUGAUGAUGGACUUGCCCCGCCCUGAGCCAACAGACAGAGGCUGCCAGCUGGUCUCUGUCUGCCAAUCAAACUCCAUAGUGCCUUCUGACGCCUUUCUCGGUUUGUACCAUGGUAGCCUUGUCACCAUAAAGAGAUCUAGACUUUGAUGAAAAUACUACAUUUAGUAUAGAAAAAAAGCAGUAGUACUACGAUACCAUGGCAACCCAGAAUUACCAGCAAGAACCGCUGAGUCAUUGAAAAGCCUCUUUUAAAAUUACUCAUCUGACGUGGAGUUUGAACUUGAGCUCCUGGCAGAUAACACGGACUGGGAUCCACUUCAGCACGUGGUGGACGACUUCAUAAAUACUUUCUUCUGUUUACAAUCUAGACUGAUGCUGUUCCAGCCCUCUUUCUUCUCUUCUCUCUUUCUAAACUACACAUAUUUGGUGAAAUAUUUCUGAAUUAAAAUGCUGAUAUUUGUUGUUUUUUUUGCAAUCUGUGCGACAAGAAUAAGGUUGUGUUAAGAAAAACAAAAUGUUUCAGCAUUGCUGGAAGCGAAGGAGCAGCAGCAUUCCUCAGUACAGACUUCACUGUGCCUGACCUCCUUUUAAUCUCUUGGAAGAACGCAGGGCGGUGUUUUACCCAGCAGCCUUGGAUCUGCAUGUACGAACAUUUCUCUGAAAUGCAUGUGUGAGGAGUGUGGAUACAAUUACACCAACACAGGCCUCAGGCUUUUUCCACAGCUGUAUCGUUGUUAAAAUGUUUGUUUUCCAGGUGUUUGAAAUGUUAAAAUGCUGCGUUGGACCUUGACAAGUUCACAACAUUCAGCCGCAUUUGAUUCAUUGAUGGUUGUUUAAGAGAAAAGUGCCCGAUGUUGUCUGAACUUGUCAGUCAGUAAAGGUUGAACUGUACCUUUUUAACAGAAAGUGGACGCUGUACUGUGGUGCAGGCAACAUUCGUGAACAUUUAAAUGCAAUAUCAGCAUAUCAAUGCAAAAUAUGGAGUGUGUGAGAGCUGUUUCUGAUGGGACUAAACUAUGUGAAUGUCUUGUAUGUUUUGUUUUAUUUCCAGUAUAUCAAUAAAGUAGUUUGGAAGAUUAAA